AUGAUAUUAUCUUUAUUACUAAACUUUAUUGUGUUAACUAAUUGUUUGCACUCACGUAUCAAACACUACCCGUCGGUAACAGAGGACAAGUGUGGUAUCAAUCGUCAGUCACUGUUGAUGAGCGGACACUGUUUUAAGUGGUCAUCAAAUGUUGGGACAAAUGUUCAAAACGGACGGUUAGCUCAACCGCUUGAGUGGCCGUGGAUUGCAUUCAUUGAUUUUUACAAAACAUUUUUGGGUUUAAGAUAUAAUUGGUAUUGGUGUACUGGAGUUAUAUUGAAUAGCUAUUGGAUUAUAACAGCAGCGCAUUGUAUAAAAUCUGAUUACACACUAAGUGUAAAACUGGGUAAUGACUACAGCCAUGAAAGUCAUGUAUACGGUGUGGAUAUGUAUGUCAUUCAUCCCAAUUAUACGGCAUAUAAUCAUAUCAAAGGUUUUAACAAAGGAUAUGACAUCGCAUUAUUGAAAUUGGAUUCACAGAUAUUGAUGACACAGUCGACGGGUGGGUAUCCGACAGUUAAUGCCAUUUGUUUGCCCGACAGAGACAUUGUUAACACCGAUAAAGAGUUGGCAGUGUUUGCCGGUUUCGGUGAUAUCGAAGAUAAUGUGAUUAAUUCGGGUCCACUCCGGACGGGUUGGCUUCAGAUGACUGAGUCGUCUAAAAACUCGACAGAUAACUACAGUUAUUUGAUUCUAAGUAAAAGAUAUCCAUUGAUUGAGGGAACCGGUAUCUGUCAGGGUGAUUCUGGUGGACCAUUGGUUCAGUAUGUAAUGGACAACAACAACAGUCAUAAAGGUGUUAUGACAAGUAGUGGUGGUAGUGGUGGUGGUGGUCGGGCAGUACUAAUAGGUAUAAUAAGGAGUGUCUAUCCUAUGUCGACUACCUGUCAGUCCAAACAUAGCGAUGCUAUUUCCAUAUUUGUUCGCAUAUCUAAACACAUCGAUUGGAUUAUCAAUACUGUGUCCGCAAAAUAA